AUGCACAACAUUCUAUUAUGUCAGGACCUUGUGAAGCAUUAUACUACGAAGAACUAUGCUCCUAACUGCCUUAUGAAGAUUGAUUUGUGCAAAGCUUUUGACUCGUUAAACUGGCAGUUCAUUAAGGAAAUGUUAAUUGUGCUUAAUUUUCCCCAUAAGUUCAUUAAAAUUAUUAUGACUUGUAUUACUUCGAUAAGCUAUGUGCUCUUGAUCAAUGGUAGUCCUACCCCUGUUUUUAAAGUUCGGAGAGGCAUUAGACAAGGGGAUCCUUUGUUGUCUCUCCUAUUUGUUAUUUGUAUGGAGUACUUGUCAAGGCUGCUGAAGAGUGUUAAGGGUUUGUAUGGUUUACAUCCUCGGUGUAAGACCAUUAAGUUUUCACACUUAUGUUUUGCUGAUGACUUGAUGGUUUUUUGUAAAGGUGAUAUGUUGUCUAUUCAGGUCUUAUGUGAGUGUAUUGCAAUCUUUACAAGAACGUUUGGGUUACAAGCCAAUUCCUCAAAAUCAGCUUUGUAUACUGCUGGGAUGCCUUCGGAUGUUCAGAGGACAAUGGUUGAAAUAUCUCACUUUUGCUUGGGAACCCUUCCUUUUACUUACUUGGGAGUGCCUUUAUCGUUGAAGCGUCUUAGUGCGGUUGAUUGUGAGAAAAUUGCAGAUAAGACGACCUCUAGAAUUCGCACUUGGCAAGGAAAGUAUCUAUCUUAUGCAGCUCGCCUUCAGCUUAUCAACUUAGAGACCCAAAAACCAGGUAAUGUUAAUUGGGCGGAGGUUUGUAGACUUAAGAAACAUGGUGGUUUAGGUAUUAGGAAUCUCCAAAUGUGGAAUCUUGCUGAUGUUGGCAAAAUUGCAUGGCAUCUAGCCAAGUUAAGUGAAUCGCUUUGGCUGGCUGGUAAUCUUUGGCUAUUGUCUGCUUCUUGCUAUUCUCUGGAGUGCUUGCUGCCUCGCUUUUCUCGUAUGCACAUGAAGAGUGGGACGAGGAAACCCUUCAUUGAAGACCAUAUCAGAUCAGACAAGAACAGACUAGAUCAGAUCAGAUCAGAAAGAUUCAGAUCAUAUAAGACUGAAUCAGACCAGAUCAGAUUAGAUCAGAUCAGACCUUCGUAA